UGUCAUGUUAUAUGUCAUAACAAAAAAAUGUGGACAUUUGUUUCAUUUUGUAUUGCCGAAUUGGUUAUGUUAUGGUAACAAAAGUUCAGUUAAAAGCAUAAAUGGGUCUUACAAAGCAAUACCUUCGCUACGUCCCUAGCGGAGUCUUUAAUGUAAUAGCUAGUGGAGACUGUAAUAGCGUUCACGUAUCACUGAACGGAGUUAGUGGAAGGUAUAUAGCGGUAGGCGCGUGUGAACAUGUUAUUAUUUGGGAUAUGCGUCUCGGCGAGAAGGCACAAGUCUUGCCGGGUGAGAAUAUUGUGGUUUCACAGAUUGCAGCCAGCCCCACUGGCAACCACAUGGCAGUGGGCUACGUGGACGGUAAUAUAAACGUGUUUGAAUUGACCAACAAUGAUGUAGUGUGCGUAUUUGCUGGCCAUAAGUCUGCUGUCACAUGCCUGCAGUAUGACGAUCAGGGGCACAGACUUGUGUCUGGGUCUAAGGACACAGAAGUUAUCCUAUGGGACGUAGUAUCGGAGACCGGUAAGGCAAGAUUCAGUGGACACAAGGGAGUGAUCACCAGUGUACUGUUCAUUAACGGCAAGAACUGUGUUGUCAGCUCAUCUAAGGACACAUUCGUAAAGUUCUGGGAUAUUGAGACCAAGCAUUGCUUCAAAACACUCGGUGGACAUCAGAUGGAGGUGUGGUCAGCAGUCCUGAUGAAGGAAGAAAGGUACUUGGUGACAGGCAGCAUGGAUCAGGAGCUGCGUGUGUGGAAAUUGAACUGGACUGAUGAUGUCAAAGAUGAAGAUAAACUUGCUCAACAAUUGGAAAUUGUGAAACUGGAGGAAGCUGACAAUUUGGAGGAUAGUUCUGUUCUACAAUGUCACCAAGUGGGUACCCUAAUCCGUGGAGGCAAAGGUCGAGUCGUAGGACUAGCCACAGACCUUGGUCAGACCGUGUUAGCUUGUUAUGGAACUGAUUCGUUACUAGAAUUGUUCGCGUUUUGUUCUGAUGACGAAGCUAAAGUGAGAAAGGAAAAAAGGGUUAAGAAACAAAGAAAAAAAUUAGCGAAAUUAAAAGAAUCUGGUGAGGUAGAUCCGGAGGCUACCGAAGUGCCAGAGUUGCUCACUCUGACUGAUGAAGUGAGGCGGCUAUCGUCAGUAAAGCUUGGUGCUAAGUUGAAGUCAACAACACUAUUGCUUGGCACGUCUGGUGAAGUGCGUGUUGGUGUUACUCUCGCCAACAACACUGUUGAGUUGCACAGCCUGAACAUAGCUGAUGGCAGUGAAGUCAAAUGCCUAAAGCAGAUAUCACAGCCUGGCCAUCAAAAGGAGCCGCGGUGUAUAGCAAUCAGUUCAGAUAACUUGGCCAUACUAUCUGCCUCUGCAGACUCAAUUAAAUUGUGGAACAGAGCGAACCAGUCGUGCCUCCGCACGAUCCCGGUGGCGGGCGGGCGGCCGAGCAGCGUGUGCUUCCUGCCCGGCGACCGGCACGCGCUGGCGGGCUGCAGCGACGGCGCGCUGCUGCUGCUGGACGUGGCGGCCGCGCGCACGCUCGAGCACGUGCCCGCGCACUCCGCCGACUGCUGCUCCGUCGGACUCACGCCGGAUAUGAGAGGUUGUUUCUCCGGCGGCGCCGAUAAGACAGUGAAAUUAUGGCAAUUUGAAUUAAUAGAUGAUCCGACGGGAGAAUCAAAAGCAAAGGUAUUGUCAUUACUUCAUACAAGAACAUUGGAGCUAGAGGAACAGGUGCUGGCUGUGAAAAUAAGUCCAAACAGCAAGUUCAUUGCUGUGGCGCUACUGGAUUCUACGGUUAAAAUAUUCUUCCUCGAUACAUUUAAGUUCUACCUGUCCCUCUACGGCCACAAGCUGCCAGUACUAUGUUUGGACAUCAGCUACGACUCUAAUAUAAUAGCGACCGGUUCUGCCGACCGCAACGUCAAGAUAUGGGGCAUGGACUUCGGCGACUGUCACAAGUCGAUCUUCGCGCACAACGACUCCGUGACGUCACUGCAGUUCGUGCCGAGCACGCAUUAUUUUUUCACCUCGUCGAAGGAUGGCAAGAUAAAGCAAUGGGACGCUGAUACUUAUGAGAAUAUUAUUACUUUGAAUGGCCACGCGGGCGCGAGUCACGGCGUGUGCGUGGGCGCGGGCGGGCUGCACGCCGCCUCGGCCGGCGCCGACGCCGCGCUGCGCCUGUACUCGCGCACCGACGAGCCGCUCGUGCUCGGCGACACCGACGAGCAGGAGGAGGGACUCGCCACCGGCGAUACACACGCCCCGGUACCAGGUCUACCUGGCUUAGUAAUGCCGACUAAGAAAACCAUCGGAGCGGAAAAGGCGGCGGACUCGAUAAUGGAGUGCCUGCAAGUGGGCGCGGAGUACAAACGCGAGCUGGCGGAGGCGAGGGGCCGCGCCGUGCAGCCUCCGCUAUUGAUGGCUGCCUACAACUGCACCACGCCAGAGGACUUCUUCGUCGAAGUUAUCAAAAGAGUGCGAUCUAGUGAGCUAGAAGAAGCGCUGCUGCUGGUCCCGUUCAGCGCGGCGUGCGAGAUGGUGCGCAUGCUGCCGGCGCUGCUGGAGCGCGGCGACGUGGCGGAGCUGGCGAGCCGCGCCGCGCUGCUGCUGCUGCGUCUGCACCACGCGCCGCUCGUCGCCAACCGCGGCCUGCUCAAGCACCUCAUACAGAUACAGGCCAAGGCGGCGCUCAAGCUCAACGAACUCCGGGACAUGGUGGGGUACAACGUGCACGCGCUGGGCUGGAUGCGGCGCGAGUUGGAGGCGGCUGAGAGCGAGCAGCUGUUCCGAGAGGCGACCACUGCGCGACGCAAUAAAGACAAGCGGCGACGCGCGAGACAGGCUCUCAAGAGACCCAUCGUUACCAUCACUUGAGAAUAAAUUCUUGUGCCUAUA